AUGCCGGUCCUAGCCUUGCCAUAUUUCACUCAGACCUUCAUUGUGGAGACAGAUGCUUCAAGACUAGGAGUAGAGAACAAAGCGGCAAAUGCUUUGUCCAAAUGCAUGGGGGAGCUGCAGACAGUUGCAUUAUCCGUUCCUUUGAUGCUUGAUUGGGAGGCUAUCAGGGAAGAAAGUGUUAGAGAUGAAGAACUGGGAAGGAUCAAGGCAGCUUUGCUAAAAGAGGAGGGUAGCCAUCCAUGGUUACAGGGGACAGUUCUGAAGAGGAGCAUCGCUUACCACCCACAGAUAUAUGGCCAAACAGAGGUGGUCAAUAGGAGCUUGGAGACCUAUUGUGAUGAAACAGCUGAUGGUCAUAGGAAUGACAUCCAGUUCGAAGCAGGAGAUAAAGUGUUCUUAAAGCUCCGACCAUACCGGCAAAAGACAAUGGCCAACAGAAGAAAUGAAAAGCUCGCCCCAAGAUUCUUUGGACCUUAUGAAAUAUUGGAGAAAAUCGGAGCAGUGGCAUAUCGGCUGAAACUACCACUCAUGGCGACUAUUCAUCCGGUUUUUCAUGUGUUACAGCUGAGAAGAGCUAUUGGAGAUUAUACAGCCAGCUUGGAGUUACCAGCCACACUUACAAAAGAUUUAGAGGUGAUUAUGGAACCCUUAGAGUUGAUGGGGGUUCGUCAGAAAGAAGAAGGGGCAAAAGAAGUACUGAUCAAGUGGAAGAAUCUGCCGGACUACGAUGCCACGUGGGAGCCGUACGAAAGGGUAAAGCAGCAGUUUUCUAGUUUUCACCUUGAGGACAAGGUGAUUCUUUGGGAGGACGUGGGAAAUCGGAAAAGCCAGGAUGAAGUAUACGAGAACGAUAUGAGAAUACUUGCAUACGGCGUCCCGGCAGAAGCCGGUUGA